GUUGGUAUAACAAGCCGGAGGAAGAAGUGAUCCUAUCUAACCCUGGUCAUUUUGUGGAAUCCAUGCCGCUCUCCACCAUUCGUUUUCACUAAAUGCAAGCUGCCUCAACGGUAUUUGACCUUGAAUCUAUCUUGCAUACUUCGCUCCCUUCCAUCUAUCCUUUUAUUUAUUUCUGAGACGGUUCGGCCGUUCAUGGUCUCCUGCUUGCAGUUAACUCACUGGCUGAUUACCCUGCGUCUUUCAUGGAUAUGGGUUUGCCGAUCUACCUUUUGCUCCUUCGUGUCAUACGAAUGCCCGGAAGAGGUCACUAGUAGCUCGAGUCUUGUUGUUCUUUUCGGCUAACCCAUGUCUCUCUUUCAAUACUUCCCUGAAUAACUGGCUGCUAUUAAUAAUACAUAUCUUUCACUUUCUGAGCCAUUACUCUAUCCAGCCUUCUCUUGUGAGUUCCAUUUUGGUUGUUUUUCUUUUCUCUUUUCUUGCUUGGGCGAGCUUGAUAUUAGCUCCUCAUUCAUAACACAGAGUAUCAGUUCUUCUUGUCUACAUAAUAUCCGCCUCUUUAAUGUACUUUCCGGGCUCUAUUUACAGUGGAUUAUAUCAAAUCAUAUCCUUUGCAGUGCAGUCUGUUUGAGAAAGUCGGGGAAAGGAAUAGGGGAUAUUAAGAGCUACCCCUUUUUUGACCAGACACAAGUUUUCCUUGGGCUGUUAUGCGCGCUGGCUUGGAGAGCAUUUACUAAUUCCAUGAUGAAUAGCCUUGGGAGAUGCAACACUGGAGGGCAUGACAACUAUCUCAUGAACCAACAGGCCGCUUUACCUGAGCAUGAAGAUGGUAAUGAAUUCAUGGCAAACAGUCCUAAUUCAUAUAAUUUCUCCCAGCAUUCGUUCAAUUCAUACAUUUCACAGUUCAGUCCACCGUACAGCCAGCAGUCGAAUUUGACACCCAGCGCGCAUUUAUCUCAGUAUCCGUCAGGGCAUUCAAAUCAGUCAAUAUCAGUCCAGACGAGUUUACCACACCAGCCUCCGCAGUACAUUUCCCAACCUCGUUAUUUGCAGUCACCCCGGUACCUGCCUCUUCGUGAUGCCCUCGGCGAAACUGAUAUCGAAAGCCAAGAGUCUCGGAACGAGAGCACAAUGCUCUCUGAGCCAGUGAUUCCUCCAUUGGAUGGGUUCCCAGAUGUACGAGAGUUUGACCAGUUGAUGAAGAGUUAUGUCGAUGACCUGUCUGUGAAGAAACAAGACAAAGCUUUGAUUCAUGCCAGGAGAGCGCGAAACAUAAAGAUGGUUUUGAUAGAUCCUAAAGAUACUGCCAUAGAGUCUGCUCAGUUCCGGUUUUGGGUUAAGAAGAUGUUUAAGCUUCAGACGGUUGGGAUUGGGACUCCAGACUGUAGGAAAAUGGUUUGCCAUGAGGGAAAGCCAGUGGCGAUUCGGGAGAAGCUUUUUAAAAUCCUCACGAAGGCACACCAGCAGUGUCAACAUGGUGGUCGGGACAAGACAUCCGCUCAAGUUAGACGGAUUUACUCAUGGGUCCCCAAAGAGCUGAUAUCCCGUUUCGUCAAAAUUUGCCCAACCUGUCAAGUCCGCCGCGGAGGACUGCGCCUGACGCCUCCCAACUCGCGAAGAGGCUCCCCUAGACUUGAACUGAUGGCCCGUUCUCCAAAAAUAUUUUCAUCUCUUGCAUCCAGGCGCGAAUCCCUUUUUGGCGGCCAUAUAUCACUGGAGAGACCGCAAACGGAUUGUUAUGCCCAGAUGCAUAGCCACAGCGGCUGGGUGAGUAAUCAGCAAGGCGUACCUGGGCGGUCUAAUAUGGAUAGUGGUUCCUUGCAGUCUUGUGGUGACGGGACUAUCGGCACGGUCCAGGGUUCUAUUUCUUCGGUAUUGGAUCCAUUUACUGACAGUAUACCAAUGGCGUCUCAGCUCGGUUAUAGUUCCGGGUAUAUUGCUACUCAUGGUAACUCAGGUGCUCGAGGCUUCUAGUUUUAUGGGGCGAUGAACCUUACAUUUUGCUGGUUGUUAUAUGUAUGCUCCUAAUGGGCCUGUGCAUUCAAUUCAUAGCUUGUGGAAGGGAUUUGAGCAGCAGAUUGUGUGACUCUAGCUUGCUGCUUGCUGUUGCACUUUAUUGCCUGUUAUGGGCUAAGUUACAUGGUAGCAUGAUGAGGCCUUUCAUAUAUAUGUCUAUAUGACAGGAGUAUCUGGACACCUGCCCACAUAUUGUAUCCCAUCCCAUGACCACCUAAUUUUGAGAUUAUCCCUUCUUGCUGCAUGGAUUAAUUGUGUGAAGAUAGGUCCCUGCAUCAGACCUUUUCACCCCUGGGCUGUGGUAAUGUAUUUUGUUGACAAUGCAUAGAUGCUGUGCAGGCGGAAGAAAUAUCAUAGCAUUUCCCUUUUGGCCGAUUCCCCAACAUAUUUUAGCCCUAGCUCGAAUUAUUUUACAUGAAUCGGGCCCCAUAUAUCACAAUUCUCAAUCUAGAAAAAAUAGAAGAUGCUUCCAUCUAUCUAGAUAGCCAUUGACAAGAAUAUCAAGCAAGGGGAUGGAAGAUCAGUUGUCACAACCUGGUCCCCAUCAACCCGGAUCAUGUGACUUGUUCGGUUAUGUCAUAUGUUCCAUAAAGGAAAUAACAUAAUCAACCACUGAGCUGGCAGUUUUUUCACGUGUAUCAACAUUCAUCAUUCAAUACCUUUUCUUCUUCUCUACCAUAUAAAAUGCCGCUUUCUCAAGAAAAUCACCUUCAAAUGGUUAUAUCUGCCUAUAAAACUGGAAAGAUCAGCUCUCAAUUAAAAGCUGCUGAGAUACUUGGGGUCCCUAGAAGUACACUUCAAGAUCAGCUACAUGGUAUUAAUUCAUAAAAAGACACACGCCAAUGGUUAUAAACCAACCAAAUAUGAAGAAG